AGCCAGCGUCAAUCCUCUGCGUGGUGUUGCUGGACAUACUAAUAGCCGUAACCACUGCAGCAACAACACACAUCAUCCCCCCCCUCCGAAAAAAACACCCGCCUUUGCUGUUGGACCCCAUCGUCUCAUCCCGACCGCUUUCCGUCUUGGAGUUUUUCUCCUCCAGAAGGGAGACUUCAUCAUCAGCAUUCAUGGAAGCGGCGUUGGAGUUUUAUUCGGGAAAGACAACACGACCGUAAAAUGAUCCCAAGGUGAGCUGACCUUCUGCUGUAGUCAUCCGUCGAGUCAAGGAAAGUACCGGAAAAGAACCACAAAAUGUCAACUCCUCACUUUGACCUGUUGUUCUUCAUCUUCUUUCUCCUUUUGCCGCUGGUUCCAAGCCAGCAGGCCCUCUCCAACUGUGUCAUCAAGAGGGAAGAGGAUAAAUGCUUGGAAAUGAUGGCCUUGGAUGAGUCUGGAAAUGAUCCCGAAUUUGGGUGUCCAUGGAUGUGGGACAACCUGACAUGCUGGGAACCUGCCCGGAUUGGAGACGUGGUCGAGGUCAACUGUCCUGAACUCUUCUCCCAGUUCAUGAGUGAGGAAGACUUUGAGCUGGGGAAGGUCAGUCGUAACUGCACUGAGUUUGGCUGGUCCGAGACCUUCCCUCACUACGUCGACGCUUGUUUAUACGAAGGGAACAGCAGUCAUCCGGACAUGUACUACCUGUCGGUGAAGGCUUUGUAUACUGUUGGCUACAGCACGUCUUUGGUGUCCCUCACCACAGCCAUGGUCAUCCUGUGCAGGUUCAGGAAGCUGCACUGUACCAGGAAUUUCAUCCACAUGAAUCUAUUUGUGUCAUUCAUCUUGAGAGCUAUUUCCGUCUUCAUCAAAGAUGGCGUCUUAUACGCCAAGGAGGACAGCGAGCACUGCUUCAUCCACACUCUGGAGUGUCGGGCGGUGAUGGUGUUCUUCCACUACUGCGUCCUGUCCAACUACUUCUGGCUGUUCAUCGAGGGUCUUUAUCUCUUCACCUUACUGGUGGAGACCUUCUUUCCAGAAAAGAGAUAUUUCUACUGGUACAUCAUCAUUGGCUGGGGAACCCCCACCCUGUGUGUGACCAUCUGGGCAGUGCUGAGGCUGCAUUUUGAUGACAUCGGCUGCUGGGACAUGAAUGACAAUGCUGUCAUCUGGUGGGUGAUCAAGGGACCCGUGCUGGCUUCCAUUAUGAUCAACUUUGUCCUCUUUAUUGGGAUCAUCAUCAUCCUCGUUCAGAAAUUGCAGUCCCCGGAUAUCGGAGGAAAUGAGUCCAGUAUAUACCUGAGACUGGCACGUUCCACUCUGCUGCUAAUUCCCCUCUUUGGGAUCCACUACACCGUCUUCGCUUUCUCCCCCGAGAACGUCAGCAAGAGAGAGCGGCUGGUGUUUGAGCUCGGCCUGGGAUCCUUCCAGGGCUUCGUGGUGGCCGUCCUCUACUGCUUUCUCAAUGGAGAGUAUCUCCCUCAAGGUGCAAUCGGAGAUCAAGAGGAAAUGGCGCAGCUGGACGGUGAACAGAUACUUUGCUGUGGACCUGAAGCACCGACACCCUUCGCUUGCGAGCAGCGGAGUGAACGGGGGGACGCAACUUUCCAUCCUGAGCAAGAGCAGCUCCCAGAUCCGAAUGUCCAGCCUGCAGGCCGAGAGUCCGGCCACUUGAUCGGCCACGCCGGGAACGCCGCGACCGGCGUCGAUGUCGCCUCUGGAUCUGACGUCAACAAACCUACGACACCCAUCCUAAUCCCGAUGACCGACCUCCUCAACCAUGAUCCGGACCCCAACCCGGAAAGCACACUUACAACCCAACAGGCUUCAAGGUGAAUCCUCAUCCGAACUCCACUUUUCCAUACACAGGAUUGGGUGAAGCUGUUGACAAUGCCAAACAGGAUGUUCCCGAUUGAGGAUGGAUUGUGUUCAAAGCAUCUAAUUGGUGUUUGCAUACUGAGAUGAUUCCACGACUGAGUAAUCCGUGGUGGAACGGACAAAGGCUGCCAAAUUUCCCAAAUCUUAAUUUACCAUGACCGUGCGUCCGGAAUGUCGAUGCCGGAAUGUCGAUGAAAAUGACUCAAUUUAAGACAGGACAGUUGGGAAAAUAACAUAUAAUCCUCUCCUGGUUUUGUACGUUUACCCGCCUGAACGAUACGUUUAAGGUAGCUUUAUUGAAAUUUCAUAAUUCAUAACUAAUGGUUAUAAAUACAUUUAGAUUGGAUACAUCUUGGUUGCACGGCGGUCGAGUGGUUAGCACGCAAACCUCACAGCUAGGAUUCAGAUCCAGAUUUAGAGUACAUUGCUCAACUUUAAUGCACAAGCUACGGCUACAGGCUAUCAAUGCAUGGGCACCACUGCUAGCAUAGCAAGCUAACAAGCUAACUAGUGAGCUCCUCACUAUUUACAUUCUCUCAAUUGGAAUUAGUUGACAAAUGUGGAAGUGGUAAAAAUUUCUCACAGAUCUCACGGAACACAGGCUGCACGGCGGUCGAGUGGUUAGCACGCAGACCUCACAGCUAGGAGACCGGAGUUGGUUGGUUGGUUGGUUGGUUGGUUGGUUGGUUGGUUGGUUGAAUGAAUGAAUGCAUGCAUGCAUGCAUGCAUGAAUGAAUGAGUGAAUGAAUGAAUGAAUGAAUGAAUGAAUGAAUGAAUGAAUGAAUGGAUGAAUGGAUGAAUGAAUGAAUGAAUUCUCCUACAAGGCAUUCUCGACACUCACGUAGCACAAUGAAUGAAUGAAUGAAGGAAGGAUUUUUGCGGCUUCCGCAUUCCAAUUCAAACUAUUCCCAACAUAAAACAGGCUAAAUUCCCAGUUUUCCCCCAAAUCAACUCUUUUCAACCAAAAUAGUUUCCAUCAUUUUGAAUGAAUGAAUGAAUGAAUUCUCCUACAAGGCAUUCUCGACACUCACGUAGCACAAUGAAUGAAUGAAUGAAUGAAUGAAUGAAUGAAUGAAUGAGUGAAUGAAUGAAUGAAUGAAUGAAGGAUUUUUCCGGCUUCUGCAUUCCAAGUCAAACUAUUCCCAACAUAAAACAGGCUAAAUUCCCAGUUUUUCCCCCCAAAUCAACUCUUUUCAACCAAAAUAGUUUCCACCAUUUUGAAUGAAUGAAUGAAUGAAUGAAUGAAUUCUCCUACAAGGCAUUCUCGACACUCACGUAGCACAAUGAAUGAAUGAAUGAAUGAAUGAGUGAAUGAAUGAAUGAAUGAAUGAAGGAUUUUUCCGGCUUCCGCAUUCCAAUUCAAACUAUUCCCAACAUAAAACAGGCUAAAUUCCCAGUUUUCCCCCAAAUCAACUCUUUUCAACCAAAAUAGUUUCCAUCAUUUUGAAUGAAUGAAUGAAUGAAUGAAUGAAUUCUCCUACAAGGCAUUCUCGACACUCACGUAGCACAAUGAAUGAAUGAAUGAAUGAAUGAAUGAAUGAAUGAAUGAAUGAAUGAAUGCAGGAUUUUUCCGGCUUCCGCAUUCCAAGUCAAACUAUUCCCAACAUAAAACAGGCUAAAUUCCCAGUUUUCCCCCAAAUCAACUCUCUUCAACCAAAAUAGUUUCCAUCAUUUUGAAUGAAUGAAUGAAUGAAUGAUUCUCUGACCAAAACCUGGGAUGUGUGACCAACUACGACAAACGUUCCCCCGCCAAAUAGUGAGCCAUGUCUUGUAUUGGGAUGACAUUUCUACGUCAAUCAAAUACAAAUCUAUUUAUAACCUUUACUUCCUGUUUGCACUACUGGUCAAAAGUUUCAGAACAGCCCAUUUUCAAGAUAAUUUUUCAAGAUAGUCUGCCUCUCUUCCAUUGUUAUUCCCUUUUUCAUUCCAUUUGUGGAGCAACAGUACAAUGCUAAUGUUCACCAGGCUACAUAGAACCAUUUUGGUAUUAUGGUAACCAUUAUUGUACCGCCUGCCAAGGCUUGAACAACCUAAGAAGAGCUUGACAUUGUUGAGCCAUUUUGUAGUCCCUGGACUUGAAGCACUUGGGGGUUCUAAAAGUUUUGACCGCUAGUGUAUACUAAUGUGCUCGGUUAAUUAGCAUGCUAGGUUAAUUAGCCACUCCAAAUUGUCCAUAGGUAUGAAUGUGAGUGUGAAUGGUUGUUUGUCUAUAUGUGCCCUGUGAUUGGCUGGCCACCAGUCCAGGAUGGACCCCGCCACUCGCCUGAAGACAGCUGGGAUAGACUCCAGCACCCCAACGACCUUGUGAGGAAAAGCGGGAGAAAAUGAAUGAAUGAAUGUAUACUAACUACUAUUCAUGGAAUUGCGUGUAUGUCCCUUUAAGAGUGAGGCUAAAGCGGGCAUGCUAAUGUACAGGAAAUAUUCAGUUGGCUCAGAUGUGGCUUUUGUUUCGGAUCACAUCGGAAAUGAGACCAACAACGGGAAAAAUUCAAGAACAUUUUUGCUCCAGUUAAGGGGAAUACCAAAAAAAUUCCAUAGAGUGGCUCAUAAUGAAGCACAUUAAGAUUCCGGAGUGACCAAGCCAGUCUCCAGGAUGUUAAUCCCAUAAACUUCCAUCCCAUACAAGAACCAAUGGAUGGAACUUUCUGUGGCAAAGCGACAGCCUUCAGGAUUGGGAAAAGUUUUUGUGUGGACAGAAAAUCAACACUGUUGACCAACUAGGUCAAAGGUCAUGUCGCUGCAGUGGAGAGGGAAAAACCAAAAAGUCCUAUGUGACGUUUGAGCACAAACCAGCCUAAACACAAACGGAGACGAUCUCAGCGCUGGGAAGCAUCCGAGUGGAAGUGGAAGAGCCCACUGAUGCUUGUGUAGGUUUAAGCAGCCACUCGUACAGAAAAUGUCAAUACUUUUAUUUCCGAUAUGUCGUUUACGAUGUUAUGUGCAUGUGGUUUUUUAUGUGGUACACUUUUUCUUCUGUGUUUUUAUUUAUUAUAGUGAUUAUAAUCACUUUCACUUUCACUUUCACUUUCCACUCUGCUGUAUAUAAAGUACAUAAUAAUAAGUCGUGUUACACUCCGAACCUCCACGGGGGACUCCUGCUGGAACAUUCGGCAUCAGUGACAACGUUUGGUUCUGUUCUAUCGUUUUCGUGGAUUCGGUAUCUCUGUCCAUGGUCUAUAGUCUUAUCUGAGGAUGUAAACCAGAUCCAAGGUAGUUCCAAAACCCACUUGAUCCACUUCUCGCUCAACGGCAACUCAUUUUUCUUCGGUCUCCCUCAAAUAUGUCGUGUCUCCAGAAGUGCCUUUAAUCUUUUAAAAGCACAGGACUUUGUUUUGUGUUGCUAUGGUAACUGAUCAAUAUCGAUAUCGAAGACACUAGGUAACCGUUCUCUGGUCCUAUCUGGUCCUUCAGCAUAACUGAAGGCCUGCUCGGAUGAAAGACGAAAGGAUCUGAAGUGUCUGCUUGUCGUCCAAUCAUCAGUGCCCUGAGAACCGAAUGACCUGGAGAACAUUCGCAGGCAUGGAAGCCGAAAUGAACGCGGAACACAAGUGAACGUUCCGAGGCCAUCAAAUGUCAUGAAGAAUUCCAUAAACCAAAACACCACGCUGGUGUGUUUUUUUAAAUUUUAUUAUUAUUUUUUUAAAUUAUAUUUAUAUAUAUAUUAUAAUAUAUAUUAUAAUACAUAUUAUAAUAUAUAUUAUAAUAUAUAUAUAAUAUAUAUUUUUUUAUAUAUAAAUAUUAUAUUUACGUUCUGAGACCAUCAAAUUUCAUGAAUAAUUCCAUAAACCAAAACAUCACGCUGGUGUUUUUUAUUUUUUAUUUUAUUAGUAUUUUUUAAAUUAUAUUUAUUAUAUAUUUAUAUAUAUUAUACAUUAUAAUAUACAUUAUAAUACAUAUUAUAUAUUAUAAUAUAUAUAUAUAUUAUAUAUAAAUAUUAUAUAUACGUUCCGAGACCGUCAAAUGUCAUGAAUAAUUCCAUAAACCAAAGCACCACGCUGGUGUGUAUUUUUCAUUUUAUUAUUAUUUUUAUAUUUUUAUUUUGUUUAUUUAUUUUUUUAAAUUAUAUUUAUUAUAUAUUUUAUGAUUUUAAUAUAUAUGAUAUAUAUAUUAUAAUUAUUAUAAUAUAUAUGAUAUUAUAAUAUAUAUAAUAUAUUAUAUUUUUUAAUAUUUAUAUAUUUGUUAUAGUUCUAAAUAUUGUUAUAGUUAUAAAUAUAUUUAUUUAUUAUCCAUUUAUUUAUUAUUUAUAUAUAUUUAUUAUUUAUAUAUGAUAUUUUAUUAUUAUAUUAUUAUUUGUCUUAUUUUUAUUAUUUUUUUAUUUUUCGAAAAACGAUUUGGUGGCCGAAGAUUUUAGAGGUUUAGCACCAAACCAACAUAAAACAAAACUACAAAUAUCAGAAUUAUUAAUGUGACGCGAUGACAACAUCAAUGAAUAAAACGGAACGUUGUUGCGGUCGUGUGGAUGUUCGAAUCCGUCAUCAUGGAUCUUUCCCCGGAUUACUUUAUCAUUCAUGUGGGACUUGGAGCCUCACAUUGCCGGGUGGAUGUCUAUAUGAUAAUAAUAAUAAUAUUCAUUGUCAUCACUUUAUGAAGUACAUUAGCAAACAUGUGCUAAGUCGGUUGUUCCGUUUUUGUGCCAAAUUAGGCUCCACUUUGCAGUGUUGAACAUCAUCCAUGGAGUUGAUAGCCAGUAUUUAUACAGUGACUGUGAUGGGUUAUGUUUUAUUUUAUAAAUGUGCUAAUAAGCGAUGUAAGCUAGUUUUGAUUGUUUUGUUUCUAUGACUGGAAUAAAAGUAGGACAUCGAGAGUCCCAGGGUUUGUUCUCUCAUGGGAAUUGUUCGAAGAAAUGAUGUGUUGCUUUUUUUAUUGUCAUUUGCCUGACAAAAAUAAUUGUGAAAGAAUGAUUUUGUAGUAUUUUCCCCGUAAUUCUCAUUAAAUUGCUUCAUUGUAUUGUAUAAAUGGCUUUUUGUAUCACUUAAAAACCCAGUAGGGGGAGGAGUUUAUUUAAUUCAUCGCUAUGACGACCGCCAACUUGCACAAAA